CUAACGGUUUUCGGUAGCGCUGUCUUAGAAGGGCGGGGGAGAGGAGGUGGCGAGUCUGUGUUCCCUGACCCUUGGGCCCCAGCGACCCCGCACCCCUGCAGACACCCCAAGAUGAUGGGCUGUGAGGAGCCAGAGCUGGAGUCGGUGGAAGGGGGAGAGGCCGUGGCUGACCCAGGGCCACUCCCAGAACCCCGAGCCCCCGUGCCCGGAGCCCCCGUGCCGGAGCCCGGCCUGGACCUGAGCCUAAGUCUGAGCCCUCUGUCCGAGAGCCCCGGGCGCGGGCGGUCCAACUGCAGCCCGGGACGGCGGAAGGGGCGGGCGGACCGGCGGGGCGGGGCCCGCAAGGGGCGGCAGGUCCGCUUCCGCCUGGCGCCGCCCUCCCCGGUACGGUCCGAGCCGCCGCCGGCCGCCACCGCACCGAGCGAGAAGCUCGCGGCGCCGCAGGACCUGGGGACGCCCGCGCAGCAGAGCAGCCUGGCCCUGAGCUUCGAGCUGCAGGCCGCGCGGGCCGCAGCCGGGGGCCAGUUCGAUGCCGCGAAGGCCGUGGAAGAACAGCUGAGAAAGUCGUUCCAGACCCGCUGCAGCCUGGAGGAGAGCGUGGCCGAGGGGCUGAACGUGCCGCGCUCCAAGCGGCUCUUCCGAGACCUGGUGAGCCUGCAGGUGCCCGAGGAACAGGUUCUGAACGCCGCGCUGAGGGAGAAACUGGCGCUCCUGCCGCCGCAGGCCCGAGCCCCGCCUCCAAAGGAGCCAUCUGGGCCAGGGCCAGACAUGACCAUUUUGUGUGAUCCAGAAACAUUAUUUUAUGAAUCUCCACACCUGACCCUGGAAGGUCUGCCCCCUCUCCGGCUUCAACUCCGGCCCCGCCCUUCAGAGGAUACCUUCCUUAUGCAUCGGACACUGAGGCGAUGGGAAGCGUAGACUUGGGAGGCUCCCUGGAUUGCUAGUUCAUAUCUUUUUGUUUUUAAACUAUGAGAAUAAAGUGGUUUUGCUAACAAA